UUCCUUAGUCACUUCAGCGCUGUCCAGGGCUCGGCGCUGAGCGUUGCCUUUGCGAGCGCUCUCUCAGGUGCCAGGGAGAUGCACAAGGCAAACAGGGCAGCCAAUUAGAGAGCGUUUUAUCCCUGUCUGGGUGCAUUACCCUAGCUAGCAGAUACACACAAGAGGGGGAGGAGAGGAGGGUGUUUGCAAAGCUGACUCAAACGUGGUCAUGUUGUCAAAUCUGUGUUUUCUACUUGUCAAUCUGCUCAGAUUGGAGAGACGUGUCUGGCUUCCCAAACGCCUAAUGCGCAGACGCCAGGCAGACAGUGCUCGGUGCAAUGCUCCCGCACGUAGGAAGGGAAUUACCUUUUCCUUUCAUUCUGUUUCGCAGCUUUUGACCUCUUUUUUCUCUAUAUCUUUUUUUUUAAUUUAACCACUAUAACCCUCCUCUUCCCUUUUACCUCACAGUCCUCCAUUGCCUACACAAUCGCCAUAGUAUUUCCCAUCACCUGCAUUCUUCUUCCUUACAAUGAAGCCUUCGGAAUUAGCAAUCUAUGUAACCCGGGGCAGUGCCUGUUGAUUGCUGGUCUUCAUGCUCUAACCCCCCGGGUGCCCUUUAAUGUCGUUCUGUUCUCUUUCAUACUCACAGGCAUGUAUGGGAUGUAGCUGUUAUUAUCCAUUCCUUAUUCUAACCUCAUUCUAUUAUAUGUUCUCCAUUCUGGCGGCUCCCCGCUGAUUUCCUUCAGUGCUUCCCUCGUCAGCUUGAAUGAGCAGGAGGAGAGAGACCCCAGCGCUCCUCUCGGAUGUAUGAAUGGCACUGAUAUGGAGGAAAUACCUUUCCAGAAAGUGAAAACCAGGAGAAAGAAGUGUCACUGCUUGCCUGCCGCCCCUUUGGAUGCCAUCGCAUGCGAAGACGAAUUCGACUGCAAGGAGCUGGAAUCCCUCUUCCAAAAUUACAACCUGAAGCUGGAGCAAACUUCCACCCUGAAGGCUCUGGCCGUGCUCAUCAUCAUGACAGGCACUUUGGCACUGCUGGAACUCAUGUCCGGCCCCAGCCUGACCAUCUCCAAGGGCUCACAUCCAGUGCACUGCAUCAUAUUCCUUUCCCUCUUCAUUGUCACCAAUGUCAAGUAUCUGCAGGUCACUCAGCUCCAGCAAAUUGUCAAAUUAACCUUACUUUUCGGCUUUACUUUUUCCUUCUUGUGCUGCCCUUUCUCUUUGGGAGCUUAUGGCUUGGAGCCCCCUGUAUCUUCUGAACAAGGACUGUGGCAACUCAUGUUGGUGACCUUUGUGGCUUAUGCCCUGCUGCCAGUGAGAACUCUGUUAGCCAUCGUUUUUGGUUUCAUGGUCUCUGUCUCACACAUCAUUGUUACAGCCACCUCUAUAAGCCCAAAAAAGAAAAGGCUCUGGAGAACACUGGUGGUCAAUGCUAUUCUUUUUGUCAGUGUAAAUUUGUCUGGGGUCUUCGUGAGGAUUCUAACAGAAAGGGCCCAGCGAAAGGCAUUUCUUCAGGCCAGAAACUGCAUAGAGGACAGGCUGAGGCUGGAGGAUGAAAAUGAAAAACAGGAACGCCUACUAAUGAGCCUUUUACCAAGAAAUGUUGCUAUGGAAAUGAAAGAAGAUUUUCUGAAGCCGCCAGAAAGAAUUUUCCAUAAAAUAUACAUUCAGAGACAUGACAAUGUUAGCAUUUUAUUUGCAGAUAUUGUUGGAUUCACCAGUUUAGCAUCCCAGUGUACUGCACAAGAGUUGGUUAAGCUUUUAAAUGAACUCUUUGGGAAGUUUGAUGAAUUGGCUACAGAAAACCACUGUAGGAGAAUAAAGAUCCUUGGAGACUGUUAUUAUUGUGUGUCGGGACUCACUCAACCCAAAACUGAUCAUGCACACUGCUGUGUUGAAAUGGGGCUGGAUAUGAUUGACACCAUUACGUCGGUUGCUGAAGCAACUGAAGUGGAUCUCAAUAUGAGAGUGGGUUUGCACACAGGACGUGUACUUUGUGGAGUUCUAGGGCUUCGCAAAUGGCAAUAUGAUGUUUGGUCCAAUGAUGUCACUUUAGCCAAUGUAAUGGAAGCUGGAGGAUUACCUGGGAAGGUUCACAUAACUAAGAACACCUUAGAGUGCCUAAAUGGAGAUUAUGAAGUUGAACCUGGAUAUGGCCAUGAACGAAACAGUUUCUUGAAAAAGCAUAAUAUUGAAACAUUUUUCAUUGUGCCAUCUCAUCGAAGGAAGAUUUUUCCAGGAUUAAUUCUUUCUGACAUAAAACCUGCCAAAAGGAUGAAGUUUAAGACAGUCUGCUACCUAUUAGUGCAACUAAUGCACUGCCGUAAAAUGUUCAAAGCUGAGAUUCCAUUUUCCAAUGUAAUGACCUGUGAAGAUGACGAUAAGAGGAGAGCUUUGCGGACAGCCUCAGAAAAACUCAGGAACCGUUCAUCUUUUUCUACAAAUGUAAUACACAAUACUCCAGGAACCCGUGUAAAUCGUUAUAUUGGCCGUUUGAUAGAGGCACGGCAAACUGACUCUGAAAUGUCAGACUUGAAUUUUAUAACUUUAAAAUAUAAACACAUUGAACGUGAACAGAAGUACCACCAGCUUCAUGAUGAAUACUUCACCAGUGCAGUGGUCCUUUCUUUAAUUUUAGCUGCCUUAUUUGGCCUUGUCUACCUUUUGAUAUUUCCACAAAGUACUAUCGUCCUCAUUCUCCUGGUGUUCUGCUUAUGCUUCCUAGUGGCUUGUAUCAUGUAUCUACAUGUCACACGAGUGCAGUGCUUUCCAGGGUGCCUCACAAUUCAGAUUCGAACCAUUUUGUGUAUAUUCAUAGUAAUAUUAAUUUACUCUGUUGCCCAAGGAUGUGUGGUUGGCUGCAUGCCUUGGAUAUGGAGAUCAAACAACAGCAGUUCCAUUGUGAUCAUCACUCCAAAGGGAGAAAAUAAAACAAUGAAUGAACGCCCAUGUGACACAGCUCACUAUACUUUUUUAAGCUGUGUUGUGGGGACAUUAAGCUUGGCAAUAUUUUUACGUAUUUCUUCCUUCCCAAAAAUGGUUCUGUUACUUUUUGUUACUAUUUUGUAUAUAGUUAUUUUGGAAAUCAGUGGAUACAGGAAAACACUGGGGGGGGACACUUCAUACAUGCGAGGUUAUGAACCUAUUCUAGCCAUUUUACUAUUUUCAUGCUCCUUGGCACUCCAUUCUAGACAGGUGGACUUGAAGCUACGUCUGGACUACCUCUGGGCUGUGCAGGCAGAAGAAGAGAGAGAUGACAUGGAGAGAGUGAAACUGGACAAUAAAAGGAUUCUCUUUAACCUUCUGCCAGCACAUGUUGCACAGCACUUCCUUAUGUCAAAUCCAAGGAAUAUGGACCUUUAUUAUCAGUCUUAUUCACAAGUUGGUGUUAUGUUUGCCUCCAUUCCAAAUUUUAAUGAUUUUUACAUUGAACUUGAUGGCAAUAAUAUGGGAGUGGAAUGUUUACGUCUGUUAAAUGAAAUUAUUGCAGAUUUCGAUGAGCUCAUGGAAAAAGAAUGCUAUAAAGACAUUGAAAAAAUCAAGACAAUUGGAAGUACUUACAUGGGAGCUGUAGGACUUGUGCCAACAACGGGAACUAAGGCAAAAAAAUCAAUUUACUCCCAUCUGAGCACUUUGGCUGAUUUUUCAAUUGAAAUGUUUGAUGUUCUUGAUGAAAUCAAUUAUCAGUCUUACAACGAAUUUGUCCUAAGAGUGGGUAUUAAUGUGGGUCCUGUAGUGGCAGGAGUGAUUGGUGCACGGCGGCCACAAUAUGAUAUAUGGGGAAAUACUGUAAAUGUUGCUAGCAGAAUGGACAGCACAGGGGUGCAGGGCAAAAUUCAGGUAACAGAAGAUGUUCAUCGGAUACUAAAAAGCUGCAAUUAUGAGUUUGUUUGUCGAGGUAAAGUUAGUGUCAAAGGAAAGGGAGAGAUGCUGACAUAUUUUCUUGAAGGAAAAAUUGAUGGAACAAAUUCACAAACCCGAUCUUUAAACCUGGAACGCAAAAUGUACCCAUAUGGCAGAACAAAUAUUCAAACAAAGUUGGGUACUAGUUGUCCUGCAGUAUCAUCUAUAUCCAACUUUCCAGUCAAAGCUGGUCAGGGUGCACUGCAACCAACAACAUCCCAUGCAAAUCAGACGCUGCAUUAUCUUCCUUCUGUGCCUGCAGCUGAAGAGGCAUAAAACAAAGAAAACUUGCUUGUGCAAUCUAAACUGAAUUUCAAGAAAAUGCCUGUUUUUUGUAUUAAGAAAUUAUGGAAUCAAGAGAUGUCACUUUACCAAGGAUAAUUUGUCCAACCAAAGAGAACAAUGGGAAGCAGAAAGAUUUUAAAAAUCCAAGGGCUAACAAUAAUGUUAGGUUUAUCAGGAAACACACAUCAUGUUCCAGUUUCUAAAGAAUGGUGGCCGAUGUAGGAAGAAACUAAAUCUUGAUAGUGGGCGAAUUCAUAUAAUUAGUCUGAAGUAGGGAAAUAUUGUAAAUGCUUUAUCUCAUGCUUUCAUGUUUUUCCUUAUGCUUACCAACUUCUGUUCCUGAAAAUGCAGAAUGAAAAGCAUUCCUGCUAAGACAAUUUUUAUUAUUCAUUUAUAAAAAUGAAUAGAAUUUAUUUUUUGGGUAUGGGAAUGAUGGGGUGGGGUGGCAGAAAUUAAAAACAUCCUAGUUACAAAUUGUUACACUCCAAUUUUGAAGGUGCUAAACACUAAUGUGGUGUAAUGUAUAUAGUAUAUACUGAAUAACUUUUGCACAGUAAAUUAUGUGAAUUAUGUAAGUAUAUUAUAUUCUAUCAAAACUCAGAGCAGUUACUUAGAAAAAGGUCCUAUCAGUGCUUCUUGAAUGUACAGUUCUCUGUAUAAUAGCAUGUUGAUACUAACACUGUACCGCAAAAAAAAAAAGAGAAAAGGCUGGGCUCAGGAGUGUCACAAUUUUAGCAAGUCAAUGAAUCCAAAUUCUUCCUUAUGACCAUUUCUAUAUUUAAAACAAUGGUAUUUAACCAUGGUUUUGUAGAAAUAUUAUUCAUUUAAAGUCAAUCUUAUAUCAAAUGCAUCAGCAUUUUGUACGUUGUUGAGUUGUUCUGGGGCAUGUGUGUCGAUGACAAAUAUUUUGUAAUUCUCUACAGAUCUUUGUAAAGCACAACUAUUGUAUUAUCAGGACAUUCUCAUCUUUUCAAUUAACAUACAUGCACAAUAUAUAAAUACUUGCUCUGUUAAAACGGUAACUUUCUUACCUGCAACAGUUAUCUGCAUAUUUAUAAAUUCAUACUCUCUGUGGAUUGAUGGAGGACUAGUUCUUACCAUAGUUCCCAUUUGUAUCUGCCCAGUUGAGUACAGUCUGUUUUUUAAGCUUUUAUACCUGACAGAAAUAAUAUUACCUUUUGUGUGUUCUCCUUAGAAAUUGGAAAGUGAAUGCAAUGUAUGAUAAAUGUUUAGCUAACAAUAACCAGAAUUUAUUUCUCUGCACUCUAUUUGUGGCAAGAUCUAUCCAGCCAUCCUUGAAAUAAUAUAGCAACACCUAAUUAAGCAGCUCCAAAAUAAUGCAUGCAAUGUGCUUGCAAAAAAUACAAAACAUAAAUCAAGUGAAUGUGCCAGAAGUGCAAUAAUAUGAUCUGCACUGAGGGAGUUCUUUUGGCCAAAGCACCUAUAUGAGCAUUACAGUCAAGGCAAAAAUGCCUGCUAAAAUGUGAAUAUUCUAGACACUUUAGGUCUCAUCUGCCAUCCACUAAAUCAUGCCCCAAUUUACUCUUUUUAUUAGCCCCACCUUUUUUCACCACAGAAUUAAUUACUGUCCUUUGUUAAGCAUUUGCAAUUGCAAAAAUAAGCUUGUCAGUUUAGUAAAACCUUAACAAAUCAUGCUUCAAAAACAUAAUAGAUAAAUUUAGUCUGUAGGCAGUGGUUAUUUUCAUAAAUUAGUGCUUCCUGGUUCCCUAUGUGUUUUUAAGUCAUUAGAGAUCCCUCCAAGUAUGUCCACUUCCCCAUCACUGGCCAAGGUACGAGAGAGAUCAGUGUUCAAGGCCUGGAACAAUUAGGGUCCUUUUUAUUAAAAUGUAUACUUUUUCUGCAAUUUGAGAAAUUCACAGAGAAACCACGCAAUUGACUUUUAUACAUUUUUGAGAUUUACCAAUUCAAGAAACCCCCAAUGUGAAUGAAAAAAAUUGGCAAGUGAAACUUGAAGAACUCCUAUAAUUCAAAGGGAGGUGUAUUUUCAACAUUCAAGCUAUUUUAUUUUUUGUUUUCAAAAAAGGAAUGGGACAAUUACAUUUUUCCCCAAUGAUUUCCCUCACAUUAGAGCAUUAAAAAGAUUGUUUUAUUGACUUUCCCCAUAAGAUCCUGACACAUUAGAAGCUUAUUACCUUACCAUUACCUUACUCUCUUUUGUUUAUUGUAAAUUGUUGGUGGGCAUGCUUUACUGUCUAUUCCCCUGCCACUGAAGCACAAGUGCAACAAGGCCCCAGUACAAAAAUUCUGCAAUGGCUCUGUGUCCCCUUUGCUAACCAUGUGCCUUCUGUGAUUCCAUGGGUUGUUGUUAAUGAGCUUGAGACAUGAAGCCAAGCUCUAAUGACUUUUGUGCCCAUGUUGUUUUCACUAUUGCAUUGUAGAAUAGACAAUGUGGCUGUAUCAAGUCAUAUGUAAAUAUUUAGUAUAAUAUUAUAAGGCCUUGCUACUGUUUAUCCAGAAGAAAGCAAAACAAUUUCAUUUUUUUAUUUUUAUAUUUUUUUGUUCCAGUUGUACCUGAAGUGAGAAAGAAACCUCUUUAUGAUUUUUUAAUGCCAAUUAAAGAAAAUUCCUUUGAUGAAAUGAUCACACUUUAAAAUUAGUCGCUGUAACUGUUAGAGCAGUAAAGUUAUGAAAUACUGUUGUUUAAUACAUGAACUUUAAAAGAUCAGAUAAUUGGAUAAAAUAAGUAAAAAAAGGUCAAAUAACUAUAAUAGAAUGAUUAUUUUAUCAGGAAGUGCACAAUGUUAUAUUAUAAUGAUUAAAGUCAAAUUUGUUCUGCUCAACUAUAAUGCAAUGAGCUAAAUAUCACCAAAAACAACAAAGAAAUCUUUAAUCUUCUGAUUAGUGAACAAACUUGAGCUCUAAAUUUCAGUAUUCCACAACAUUACUGUCCUAACAGCUGUUUAUGUUGCUGUUAUAAUUUUGUAUUAUUUAUAAUAUUAUAUCCUUAGCCAGUACAAUAAUUUCCACUGCAAACUAAUAUUGCAUAAAAAAAACUUUAUCAAAACCUUGGUAAUAGUCCCCUAGAUAUUUGGAAAGUCAGCAGUACUAAGGAACAUGUCACACUAGGCAUUUUCUUGGCUGGUGGAGAAAAGACGGUCUGCUUCCUUUUGCCCCAACAUCACUGUCCAUUGACAGGAAAAACAUUGGCCUGUUAGUGCACAUACAGAGAAAAAAUGCAUAUUUUCACAUUCUGAUGUACUUUUUGAUGCGGGGCAGUAGAAGGCAGAUCAGAAUUGUUUUCCCCAGUAUAGAUAUGCCAGCAGAGAAAAGCCUCAUGUGACAUGGCCCUCAUAAGUAUGCAAUAAUAUAUAAGUAGUGUACAUAUAGUGCAGUAAAUUCAAGCACAAUAUUUAAUGUACAAUAUCUUAUUAAAAGUGCACAGUUAAUAUUCCUUUUUAUUUCCAUCUUAUUAAUAAAUCUUUAAUAAAUCUAAACUGCAACAUUUCUCCAAAUAAAGAAAUGUGAAUUCAGCUCACCACAAGCACCAGAGAAAUUGUUUGUGAAUAUAAUCUUACAUUGACCAUACGCUCAAUGUGAUAAUCACAAAUAAUCUUAGUAUACACAACUAAAAUAACACACAAGCAACACAAGUAAUUACAUCUACAUUAUCACUACCCCCACACACAAUUGCUGAUAUAC